UGUGACCCUUCUCGCUUACCGUACUGCUCCCUUAUUCAACAUUUAGCGCAAGUUCGGACGGCAGUGGGAGCCGGGCUGCUGGUACCGGUUUGAGUCUAACCGACACCGUCAUGGCAGCUUUCUGACCCCCAGAGGAAGCCGCGGAAAUGAGGAGGAGCCUGGCCCCCAGUCAGCUGGCUAAACGCAGAGCGGCCGGAGAGGACGGCGGCCCGCCUGGAAGCACCGAGAAGAGGAGGAGGUUGGAGGAGCUGAGAGAGAUCCAUGUUUCUCCCCACAGGAAGCCGCUCAGACCCAUCAUCAACUGGCCUGUGGAAGCAGACAAACAUGAGGCCUUUAUUCGGAAUAUUCUCUCCAAGCCCUUUAAAGUUCCUAUUCCCAACUACUCAGGUCCACUGGGAAGCAGAGCACUUGGUCUGAGACAUGCAGGAGUUAGGAAGGCGCUCCAUGAUCCCUUCGCAGAAGAUGCUUUGGUUCUUUAUGAGCCUCCGGCUCUCAGCGCUCAUGAGCUGAUCAAAGCUGACAAAGAGAAGCUCCCGGUCCACGUUGUGGUGGAUCCAGUAUUGGGAAAAGUUCUCCGUCCCCAUCAGAGAGAGGGCGUGAAGUUCCUGUGGGAGUGCGUGACCGGCAGACGCAUCCCCGGAUCGUACGGCUGCAUCAUGGCCGACGAGAUGGGCCUGGGAAAGACUUUGCAGUGCAUCGCUCUCAUGUGGACCUUACUGCGCCAAAGUCCCGAUGCUACGCCAGAGAUCGAUAAAGCCAUCGUCGUGUCGCCGUCGAGCCUGGUUCGGAACUGGUACAACGAAGUGGCAAAGUGGCUGGGAGGUCGCCUUUCGCCCUUAGCCAUCGAUGGCGGCUCGAAGGAGGAGAUCGAUAGGAAGCUAGUUAACUUCACCUCCCAGCGUGGAUCGAGGGCACCCACACCCAUCCUGAUCAUUUCCUACGAGACGUUCCGACUUCACGCCGACGUCCUGCACAAAGGGAAAGCUGGACUGGUGAUCUGUGACGAGGGUCACCGACUGAAGAAUGCCGACAACCAGACCUACCAAGCUCUGAAUGCAAUGGACGCCCAGCGGAGGGUGCUGAUCUCAGGCACACCCAUCCAGAACGACCUCCUGGAGUACUUCAGUCUGGUCCACUUUGUAAACGCCGGAAUCCUGGGCACCGCCCAGGAGUUUAAGAAGCGCUUCGAGCUGCCCAUCCUGAAGGGGAGAGAUGCAGACGCCAGCAACCGAGACCGGCAGGAAGGAGAGGAGAAACUGAAGGAGCUCAUUGGCAUCGUCAACAGGUGUCUGAUCAGGAGGACGUCUGACAUCCUCUCCAAGUAUCUCCCUGUGAAGAUCGAGCAGGUGGUCUGCUGCAGGCUGACUCCUCUGCAGACGGAGCUCUACAGGCGCUUCCUGAAGCAGGCCAAGCCCACAGAGAAGCUCCAGGAAGGGAAGAUCAGCGUCUCCUCGCUGUCCUCCAUCACCUCGCUCAAGAAGCUGUGCAAUCACCCCAGCCUCAUUUAUGAGAAGUGUGUGGAGGAGGAGGAGGGCUUUGAGGGGGCGCUGGACCUGUUUCCUCCUGGAUUCAGCAGCAAGGCGCUAGAACCUCAGCUGUCUGGUAAGAUGCUGGUUCUGGACUACAUCCUGGCGGUGACCAAAUCCACCACCAGUGAUAAGGUGGUUCUGGUGUCCAACUACACCCAAACCCUUGACCUGUUUGAGAAGCUGUGCCGCUUCAGAAGGUACCUCUAUGUCCGACUGGACGGAACCAUGUCCAUCAAGAAAAGGGCCAAGGUGGUGGAGACCUUCAACAGUCCACAUAACCCCGAGUUCAUCUUCAUGCUGAGCAGCAAGGCGGGGGGGUGUGGCCUCAAUCUGAUCGGCGCCAACCGCCUGGUCAUGUUUGACCCCGACUGGAACCCAGCCAACGACGAGCAGGCCAUGGCCCGGGUGUGGAGAGACGGCCAGAAGAAGACCUGCUACGUCUACAGACUGAUCUCUACGGGGACCAUCGAGGAGAAGAUCCUGCAGAGACAGGCCCAUAAGAAAGCGCUGAGCAGCUGCGUGGUGGACGAGGAGCAGGACGUGGAGCGCCACUUUUCCCUGGGACAGCUUCGCGAACUCUUCACCCUCAGCGAGGAAACCCACAGCGACACGCACGACAAGUUUCACUGCCGCCGCUGCGUCAACGGCAGAGAGGUCCGGCCGCCUCCGGAAGGAACCGACUGCACCAGUGACCUCUCCCAGUGGAACCACUGCUCUGACAAGAAGGGACUGAGGGACCAGGUGCUGAAGGCGUCCUGGGACAGCGCCGUCUCCUUUGUCUUCCAUCAGCGCUCCCAUGAGAACCAGAAGGGCGUGGCAUAAAAAGGCCCCGCCCACUCUGCUCUAAAGCUGCUGUAGAUAGUUUUAUUUAUUGUAUUAUAGCCUCUUUUUUUUCCUGUUGUUUAAUAAAAAGUGGUGAAAAUAAACUCA